GUCCGUGAGGAGUGACCAGUCACUAGAACCUCCUCAUAACUUUAGAGGACACUCUGAUCUUAGCUCUAGCUAUGAAAAAAGACGAUAUGUACAAAUGGCACUACUAGAUUAAAAUGGCAAAACAGCUGGCAGUCAUGUCUGUGUUUUGUUUGUCACAUCGAUGUGAUCGGCGCUCCUCUGCUCUUCCUGGCACUCACUCCUCAUCGCGCUCUGGCAUCCACACAUCGGCCUGUGGAUCGCGGAAGCAGAAGUCGCUAGACAUAAACGAUAACUCGGCGUUUUGAUAUCGUUUUAAGUGGAUUAUUCUCAAAUGUAGUGAUCUUCGUGCACAUUGAAGACCUCUUAAUGACUCUGUAGCGGCAGAAGACGCUGUUUAAAGGAUUAAAAGCAUGCAGUGCACUGCCUCCCCUCCUCAGGACCCCACACAGGCGAGCGGCGACCGGGCUGAACUGACCCAGCUGCCCGCUAAAGACGCGUCCUCCACAGACAGCACCUCUGACCUGGGCAGCCCCAGAGUGCUGACCUUUGACCUGCUGAACAUGGUGAUCUGCUUCAAGCGGAUGGCCAUCUUCCUGGAGCCCGUCACAGACUCGCUGGAGGUGCUGCGGUACCUGCUCGGGUGGAGGAUGCCGCUGUGCUCCCUGUUCAGCUGCGUUCUGCUCAACAUCCUCUUCCUCACUUUGAGUGAAGGCGCUUGGGUCACUCUGCUGCUGCUUGCCGUCUCCGCUCCGGCUGUGCUGGGUUACCUUGGCAACCGUUGCCAGGGCACGAGCAGUGAGAUGGAGGUUCAGAAGAAGAAACACUUUGCGGUGCAGCGGCGAGACCUGCAGACGGUCCACAUGAGCAAACAGGAGGCCAUGCUAGAGGUCAAGGACAUGCUGAAACGAAUAGAUGAGCUUUUGACCCUGGCGUGUGUGUAUGCAGAAUCUGUGUAUAAAGUGUUAUACUGGGAGAGCCACGCCAUGUCCUCCAUGUUUUACGGUUCUGUCCUGACGGCGGUUUGUUUGCUGUACAUGGUUCCUGUGGGUUUGAGUCUGUCUGUGCUCAACAGCGCCCUCUUUCUGUGGAACAGAAACUUCUGCAGAGUUCUUUUGGAGCUGAAGGAGUUUGUUCACCCGAGUCGGGUCCUGCCUGCGGAGGAAACUGAACCAUGUGACCCAGAUCAGGCAAGCCUGCUAGAACGCACGCCCACUCCGACCAGUGUGGAGGAUCAGUCUCCCGGCAACAUUGAAGAGGCAGAGGAGGCGGAGCCUGAUGAUGAGUUUAAAGAUGCCAUUGAGGAAUCUCAUCUUAUUCUGCCGGUGUGGCCUGUAGCCUUUUUGCUACCAAAGAAACUGAGGAGAUGGAGAGCCCGUAAGCUUCUAUUAACAGUGAUGUCACAGGAAAUGGCUACUUGGUGGAACUUCCUUCAGGAUGAUGAGGACGUGUCUUCUGGUGUUCCUGAGUUCGACACAGUGUCUGAUAACGGGCUGUUGAGCAGAAACGAGCCCAUUCGCAGUAAAGUGUCCAAACUCACUGAGAAACUUCGCAAGCGAGUCCCUGCCAACACCACCGGGAACUGUUUCCAGUGCAGUUCGGCGUUUUCUGUUUUAAAGAAAAGGAGAAACUGCAGUAACUGUGGUGUCAGUUUUUGUUCCCGCUGUUGCUCGUAUAAAGUGCUCAGAUCCAGUAUGGGAGCCACAGCUCCUGAGGCCCAGAGAGAGACUGUGUUUGUUUGUACUAUGUGUAAUACUUUCCUCAGCACCAAGUAAUGAAACGAUGUUCCACCAUUGCAAUCCU